ACGGAAUCUAGUUACUACUUGGGGAGGAAAAGAAAUGCCAAUGAGAAAAAGAAGACUAAGAAAAGGACAAAUGACUUUUCUGUCUUUCCAUAUCACAAUUUUUAUUAACAAAAGUGGAUGACGGAUGAAAAAACGAAUUUUCCGACCUGAAAGGCAGGAAAAGUUUCGUCGAAGUUUGGGUGGGCGGCCUAAUAGAAAACAGCUUAGAAACACUUGUCAGAGAGGCGCGUGGAGUGGUUGUUGGUUUAACUGUAAAGUACGACAUAAACUAGGAAGUAGUUAGAUCAUCUGCAGACAGUAAACGGCGUUAAUGUUGUAUUCAACAGUUUGGGGUAAAAGAUGAAGGAUUUUGCUGGGACACCGGGGACUUUGACUGGGCUAUUUCUAAGGAUUGCACAGUGUGUUUUUGCAGCUGGAUCAAUUGCUUCCAUGGCUACCACUACCACUUUCGUCAAUUUUACAGCUUUCUGCUACCUGAUUGCUUCAAUGGGUUUGCAAAUUAUCUGGAGCUUUGGGCUUGCCUUCAUAGAUGCAUAUGCCUUAAUGCGAAAUAAGGUCCUUCACAAUCCUGUUUUGGUCAGCCUAUUUGUAUUAGGAGACUGGGUGACAGCUACAUUAUCUCUUGCUGCUGCUUCUGCAGCAGGCGGCAUCACAGUGCUAUUUUUUCAUGAUUUGGGAAAUUGCGAUAUUGCAGAGGAAUGUCAAAAAUAUCAAAUGUCAGUUGCCUUGGCCUUCCUCAGCUGGAUUUCAAUUGCAAUAUCAUCUCUGAUUAUGCUUUGGCUAUUAGCGGCAGGUUAGACCUCUCAACAUACAGCUGGUCGAGAUCUUGAAUCUCUUUGAAACUCGUCAGUCUUACAGAAACUCUGAUUUGUUCAUUGUGUUAAUAGAAAGAAAAAAAGAAUAUAGCAAUACUACACUCAAAGUUAUGGAUUGCUUUCACUUUCUCAUUCAUGAUA